AUGCCGAAACGCAAAAGCGACUCAGCAUCAGCGACUGCGAACCUAAUCCGAGUGCGCAACAACCAACGACGAUCAAGAGCCCGGAGACGCGAAUAUGUUGCCGAGUUAGAACGCAAGUUAAAAGAAUGUGAAGUAGAAGGAGUUCCAACAUGCAGUAUUGUACCGGAAGACACGAUCCGCCGGCUCCAGGAAGAGAAUAGGAAGCUGCGAGAACUCCUACGGCAGGUUGGCAUCGAACAGAUUACGGUGGAGCAAUAUCUCACGAACCACGACGACAAUAAUCCACGCGAGACCGUAGGAAUAGUGGUGAAUGAAUUAGUGGCAUCUGCAGGACUUCAGAUUCCUUCCUGGACUUCUGAUGUGGUCGAGGCGGAUUCCCUGCAGGCAGCAGCAGCAACACUGCCUGAGUACAUCGACGAGCUGCUUGUGGACACGUUCCUGAAUCUGCCAGAUGAUAGCUUCUCUGACCCAGACCUUGGACGACUCCUUGAUACCGCCCAAGAAGGACCCGUGUCCGACCCAAUCAUGCUGCCUAGCCAUUCUCCAUCAGCCUUGUGCACUGCACCAUCAUCCUCAACCCCCGCAGAUGCCCCGAGCUUCUUCUGCCCCGAGUCCAGUCUACCGGUUACCAGCCAGUGCGAUACCGAGACGACUCUAUGCUCAGAUGCAUACGAGAUGCUACGUCAACACAAUAAGAAGGGAGUAGACAUGAUCGAGAUAGGCAUUCGUCUUUGGAAUGGCUUUACAAAAGGUGACGAAAGGGGUUGCAAGGUAGAAAACAAAUUGCUGUUCAGUGUGCUGGAAUAUAUCAGUGGGUGA